UCCUUUUACAGAAGACUGAACGUUGAGUUGAAUACUGAGAGGAGACAAGAGAGGAGACAACAGCGAGAUGAGCUAGCCCAGUACGAAGAUGUGUUGUUUGGUCAAGAGCAGACUAGCGACAACAAAGUCUUAACAAAGCUAGCUGAAAAACUGAACGCAUACUUACAAGAACUGCCCGUGCUAGGCUUCAACUCUGGCAAGUACGAUCUCAACGCUGUGAAAGAAUUUGUAUUUCCCUACCUCAUAGAGUCUCAACCCAUCAAGUUCACUGUCAAAAGAAACAGCAACCAUAUGUGUCUCAAGACAAACUCCUUAAAAUUUCUGGACAUUUCGAACUAUGUCGCGCCGGGUUUCAGCUAUGACCAGUUUCUAAGAGCGUAUGAAUGCGAGCAAACCAAAGGUUUCUUCCCUUACGAGUGGAUCGACAGCCUGGACAAGCUCGAAGAAACAUCUCUGCCCUCGCAUGAAGCUUUCUACUCAAGUCUGAAGAACCAAAACAUUACAGAAGAAGAAUAUGAGUACUGCCAGCAAGUAUGGGAAGAAAAUGAAAUGUCCACCUUUCGAGAGUUCUUAAUCUGGUACAAUAAUUUGGAUGUCGUUCCUUUCCUCGAGGCAGUAGAGAAAAUGAGUCAGUUCUGGCAGGAGAGAAAGAUCGAUAUGUUUAAAGAUGGAAUUUCUGUCCCUGGUUUAACCCUCAAGUACCUCUUCUCUUAUCUUUCACCUCAAACUUACUUCAGUCUCUUCGAUCAAGCGAACAGUGAUCUCUACCAUCUGAUCAAAGACAACAACACGGGCGGCCCAAGUAUUAUUUUCCACCGAUAUCAUGAAGCCGGCAAAACAAAGAUCAGAGAAGCGGAGGAAGGCGAGGCUGCUAAGCUGUGUGAGAAGAUCGUGGGUUAUGACGCGAACGCUUUGUACCUCUGGGCGCUCAUGCGAGAUAUGCCCACGGGAAGUUAUACGAGACGCCUGUCGGACAAUGAGUUCAAACCGAAAAGUUCUGUACGCAUGGCUAUUGAAUGGUUGGAAUGGGUGGCGCACAAAGAGGGAAUUCACAUCCGACAUCAGUUAAACAAUACAGAAAAGCGCAUCGGUGGUCGUAAACUGCCUGUGGACGGUUUCAACGCGCAGACGCAAACUGCGUACCAGUUUCACGGCUGUUAUUGGCACGGCCAUGACUGUGCUCUCAACCGAGGGAAAGAGUUUAACGAGAAACGCAAGAAACCUAUGGCUGAGAUCAGAGAAGAAACGAGAGCCAACACGGAGUAUAUCCGCAGCAAAGGGUACAACGUGGUGGAAAUGUAUGAAUGUCAGUGGAGAGAAAUGAAGAGAACCAACCGAGAACUACGGCGUUUUAUUGCCACCGAAGUGAGAAGAACCCUGGAUCAAGUCAAGAUCAUGAGCUCGGAGCGAAUAUUGAGCGAGGUGCGAAAUGAGCGUUUGUUUGGGUGCGUGGAAGUAGAUAUUCGUGUGCCUGAGCAUUUGAAAGAGAAAUUCAGUGAAAUGUGCCCGAUCUUCAAGAACACAGAAAUCAGCCGCGAUGAUAUUGGAGACUUUAUGAAAGCGUACGCACAAGAGCAUAACAUCAUGGCUCAGCCUCGGCGAAGCUUGAUCGGGAGCAUGAAAGGAGAAAAAAUCUUGUUGGCCACACCCCUCCUCAAAUGGUACUUAGAACACGGCCUGGAAGUCACCAAAGUCUACCAAGUGGUUGAAUUCACCCCUGAGCCCUGCUUCAAACCCUUUGGAGAUGCGGUGUCAGACGCGAGGAGAGCCGGAGAUGCGGACCCCAGUAAAGCCAUCAUUGCAGAUACCAUGAAACUGGUAAGUUUUUGUUUCAUUUUUUCAUUCAUAAAGGGGUGGGAACAAUAUACAUUUUCACGAAUAGAAAAAACUUAUAUCUUUGUUUAUCUCUCAGGUGGGUAAUUCAGGCUAUGGUAAGACGAUCACUAACCAACUGAAACACAGAAACGUGGAGUAUUGCAGUGACGCAGAGGCCAGCCGAAAAGUCAACACCCCACUGUUCCGGAAACUGGAAAAUAUCACAGAAGAUACUUAUGAAGUAGAGUCUUGUAAGAAAACUAUUAAGUUAAACUUACCUAUUCAAGUCGGGUUUUUUGUGUAUCAGUAUGCUAAGUUACGCAUGCUGCAGUUUUAUUACGAUUUCUUAGACAAGUAUCUCGAUCGCAGCGGUUUUCAAAUGUGUGAAAUGGAUACGGAUUCAGCGUAUAUCGCUAUUGCUGGGGAGAGUGUGGAAAGUUUAGUCAAACCAGAAUUGAAAGCAGAGUUCGAAGCUGAUAAAUGCAACUGGUUUCCCCGUACGGAUACACCCGAGCAUAAAGCCUAUGAUAAGCGAACCCCGGGUCUUUUUAAGGUUGAGUGGGAGGGACAAGGAAUUAUCGGGUUGUGUUCAAAAACCUACUACUGUUUUGGGGUCAAAGAUAAGUUUAGUUGUAAGGGUGUCAACAAGAAAUGCAAUGACAUUAACAAAGAUAAAUACCUUAAUGUCUUACUUACAAAACAGAAUAGUGCUGGGGUGAAUCGAGGGUUUAGAGUUGUAAAUAAUACUAUGUACAGUUAUGAGCAAGUUAGGGAUGCCUUUUCGUAUUUUUACCCGAAACGUAAAGUUUUGGCUGAUGGAGUUAGCACCACUCCACUCGAAAUUUAA